AUGCAACAACAUCUCAAGGAUCAACUAGCUGAACUACGACUCUGUCUUGCAGCAUUGCCAGCAGACAUACCUAUUCCCAAGGAGUCGAAGUAUAAAUUCUCGAACUUCAGCCCAGAUGCUGAAUGGGCUGUGGACAUUGGUGAGGCUGCUGCCGUCAAUCGAGAGCUAGAAGUCAGGUUGGGCAGUCGAGUUGAUGGCCUGAAACUCGUUGAACGAGGCCCAGAGAUGGAGGCCAUAGUCCACGUUUUUGAAACAUGGACAAAGAAAUUUCCGGGUGAUGUUAUCCUGGAGAAAUGGGUUGACGACACUCUCGAAGCUGCAAGAGGCCUCAUUCUUGCCGCAGGAAAAGCUGCGAACUCGAGUUCUACAAAACAAAAGCCAAUCAAAGUCAAUCAUACUCAGAUACCCGGGAAACGAAAGCACAAGGUUCAGAAGCUCGAUAGCCAUAUAUUGUCAACCUUCGAUGAUGACCGGUAUAUCAGUGCUGGCGAAGACGAGGACAGUCGAAAAGGUGGUGCAAAGAUGCAUCCACUGCUUCGCAAGGUUUUUGCCAGCCGUGGCUGUAACAUCACCUGGUCAUGGCCAAGAGCUCGGCAACAAAUCAUGAAGCAUGCUGCCAAUGAAUGUCCGAGUAUGGCGAGGGAGUGGCGCAAAGAAGCUAGGGAUUACAUGGCUUCCAAAGCUGUACAAGGGAAGGGAAAAGGUGUGGUCCUAGAAGCAGGGUCAAAGUCAAACUUGGAUUCGAAUGACGUCAUGCUAUUGGACGUGGAAGACCGGCUGAUGAAGAAACCAAGGAUGGAGCUGCAGGUCGUUUCAAGUUCAAAACAGGUUGCGUCAUUCAACAAGAAGUACGUUACCGAAGGUCAUAAAGCACUAAAGGAGAAAGGUGACCAAGCACUCAUGCUAUUUGUGACGUGUACGGGAAUCCCACCACACGUCAUUGAUUCGGAUGAGUUCAAGGCUUUUUGUAGCAUCCUGAAUGCCAACUACAAGUCUACCUCUGCAACGACUCUUGCUGAUACACUAAUUCCAAACAAAUCUGCAAGAAUAACAAAAAUGAUGUUCGACUAUCUGAAAACACAACGUGAUCUCACCGUUACAUUUGAUGGUGGAAAAAUCCCUCGACGAUUCUACACUGUUCAUGUCACCACUGCGGACAGGCGAACCCUUCUACUUGAGCUCGACGAUGCCUCAAUGCUCAGUCAUACAGCCCAAUAUAUUGGAGAGUUGUUGGAGGGUAUUUUGGCUUUCAUGGACAAGUCAGGCUACGCAAUGGAGCACUUCAACUAUCAUCGCGGUGUUCUUAAAAUUGGCUGGGGUCUAGAGAAAAUCAGCAAAACUCGAUUCGCGAACAUUCAUUGGUCUGCAGCCUCACUGCAACGCUGUUUGCCUGCAAUGCAAGCCAUAGUUAGCAAUCCGAGUCUGGGGAUCGACGUGAAGGUAAGACACUAUGCGAACACCACAGAUUCGCUAAUGUUUCAAGUUGCCCUAGCCAAGCUCGUAGCAAUUACAGGACCAUACACGAAGGCAAUUCAGUGUCUGGAAUCUGCGCAUACAACAUGCGCAGACGUCUAUCUGUACUGGCUUGCCAUUGUCGCACAAAUGGAACAACUCCUUCGAGGCAAUACAAUUCGACUGCGGGAAGAGACCAAAUUGGCCAUUCGCACAAUUACAAAUGCGCGGUUCAAUCAGAUGAUCAACGACGCACCAAAUGAUCCAUAUAUCACGGCAUUUUUCUUGCACCCAGAACACCGAACUGCACAGAUCUACAAGAAUAUCAAUCCUCUUGACCUGCCUCCCAUCCAUAUGACGAAAGCAAAUGGGACAUAUAGUAUUGUAUCCCCCGAAGAUUCAAUCAUGAAGAGAGUUGGCACGAGCCUUCAGCUCAUGCUCAAGCACGAGUAUGGUGAUGUUUAUGAUGUGGUAAGGUCAGACCAAGCCGCCGCAAAACUUAUGAAAGAGAGAAAUCCCCGCUUCACUGGAUUGACUCCACGAGAGGCUCUGCAGGCAUUGAAGGUUGAGCUCAAGGAGUAUCACAAAGGAGCGGAUCCUUUCAAUUGUAAGAUUCGCAAGCACGAGAAUGUUCGAGACUGGUGGUUAGCUGUUCAAAAGGACGAAAAUGCACAAGUUCUUGGGGCCCUUGCAAUCAAGUUAUACUCCGUCGUCCCAGUGUCGAUGGCCGACGAGAGGACAGUU